UCCAUCAAUGGAAAAAUGGACAGUGAUGAUGAUGAUGAUUUUGAUGAUGAGGAAGCUGAAGAAAAGGCUCCAGUAAAGAAAUCUAUACGAGAUACUCCAGCCAAAAAUGCACAAAAAUCAAACCAGAAUGGAAAAGACUCAAAACCGUCAACACCAAGAACAAAAGGUCAAGAAUCUUUCAAAAAACAGGAAAAGACGCCCAAAACACCGAAAGGACCUAGUUCUGUAGAAGACAUUAAAGCAAAAAUGCAAGCAAGUAUAGAAAAAGGUGGUUCUCUUCCCAAAGUGGAAGCCAAGUUCAUCAAUUAUGUGAAGAAUUGCUUCCGGAUGACUGACCAAGAGGCUAUUCAAGAUCUCUGGCAGUGGAGGAAGUCUCUUUAAGAAAAUAGUUUAAACAGUUUGUUAAAAUUUUCCGUCUUACUUCUUUUCUGUAACAGUUGAUAUCUGGCUGUCCUUUUUAUAAUGCAGAGUGAGAACUUUCCCUACCGUGUCUGAUAAAUGUUGUCCAGGUUCCAUUGCCAAGAAUGUGUUGUCCAAAAUGCCUGUUUAGUUUUUAAAGAUGGAACUCCACCCUUUGCUUGGUUUUAAGUAUGUAUGGAAUGUUAUGAUAGGACAUAGUAGUAGUGGUGGUCAGACAAAUGGAAAUGGUGGGGAGACAAAAAUAUACAUGUGAAAUAAACUCAGUAUUUUAAUAAAGUAGCACUGUUUCUCUUUCUGUUA